CCUUUGGCAUGCUUUUUUCCAGCAAAGUAUGGGCUCCUCUUGAAAUGGAUGAUGGCAGGAUGAUGUUCGGCCGCCGCAUUAAACCAGAAAAGCUAGACGAUUGCGGCACCAAGGCUGAUCAGGACAACGAGAAAGUAAUUAGUGACUUCAGCAAAGUCCAGGAAACCAACCAAAGCUCCGAAAUUCCAUUUUCCAAAGCUCAAGAUGAGCUGUCAUUGUCCAAGAGUUAUGAGGACGAGGAGAAGACUGAGGAAAUCGGGACAAGGAAGAAAGCUUUUAUGGUUAUUGGGAUAAACACAGCCUUCAGUAGCAGAAAGAGGCGUGAUUCUGUUAGACAGACAUGGCUUCCUCAAGGUGAGAAGCUGGUUAAAUUGGAAGAAGAAAAGGGAAUUGUUGUGCGCUUUAUGAUAGGCCACAGUGCAACAUCCAAUAGCGUAUUAGACCAAGCAGUUGAUCUGGAAGAUGCUCAGCAUAAAGACAUUCUUAGGCUUGAGCACAUAGAAGGAUAUCAUGAGUUGACUGCAAAGACGAAGUCUUUCAUUUCCACUGCCUUUGCAAGAUGGGAUGCUGACUUCUAUGUCAAGAUUGAUGAUGACGUUCAUGUCAACUUGGGUGCACUUGCUGCAACUCUUUCCCGGCACCGCCUGAAACCCAGAGUAUAUAUUGGCUGUAUGAAAUCUGGACCAGUUCUUUACAGCAAGAAUGUGAAGUACCAUGAACCUGAGUAUUGGAGAUUUGGAGAUAUGGGAAAUAAGUACUUCAGACAUGCAACUGGACAGAUAUAUGCUAUCUCAAAAGAUUUGGCGAAGUUCAUAACUGACAAUGGGCAAAUUUUACAUAAGUAUGCCAAUGAAGAUGUAUCACUUGGCGCAUGGCUGAUUGGUCUUGAUGUUGAGCACAUCGAUGAUCGUAAUUUGUGUUGUGGAACCCCGCCAGAAUGUGAAUGGAAACUUCAAGCAGGGAAUGCAUGUGUUGCAUCUUUCGAUUGGCCUUGCAGUGGAAUAUGCAAAUCAGUGGAUAGAAUAAAGCAUGUUCAUGACAAGUGUGGGGAAGGUGCCGAGGCUCUCUGGGGUUACCACUUCUGAUGAUUAGUGUACUAUAUUCUUCCAUAUUUUAAAUAUAUACAAAAGGAGAAACCCUGGUCACAAUUUUGCAGUUCAGGUGUAUAAAAGAAAAGAAAAAAACCUCACUAUCAAAAUUACUCCACUGCAUUCAUAUUUGG